CGCGGAUCGGGAGCACGUACGGAAGCCAAACCAGCCAGGCAGCCACAGCUCCAGGCAUCGGUCCGCAGUGGAGCAGCAGCUACCUCGGGCUGUGUUGUUUGACUCUCCAAACAGGGGAGGAGAUAGUGACAAUUUUUAUUUAGGCUGAACACGAGGCAUAUUUAACUAGUUAUAUAACAGUGACCCUGGUCCGUCUCGGCUGGGUGCAGGGAGGAUAUAUGUGUUCUGAUUCCCAUCGCACUGGCUGGGUGGAUUCAAGCACUAGGAGCUAUUUACCAAAGUUAUUUUCAGAAACCUUAAGUGCAGGUUUCCCUGCUGUACCCUGGACUCUUUUAUCAGGACGCAUUUCCCGCUUGUGAACUGAACAGCCAGUGAGAGUGGAUUUAGUGCUUGCUGGGCUGCCGGCAGAGAUAAGGAGUUGUCGGGAGUCACUGGAAUCGUUUGUCCUGAAGACCCUGAGGCAAGAAUAGCAGAAGGGCUGAGAACAUACGGCCACAUUGAACAAGAGUUGGGGCAGAGCUCUUGCCCCGGUGCACUGGGCAGCAUGUUACUCUUGGAUGAGUCUCAGCAGUUUUCAGACCAACCCCAGGACGCCGUGUUCAGCGGUGACCAUGUUGAACACGCCGAAGAUGGAGAAUGGCAGCGCUCUACUUCAACUACCUCAUCUCAGAGUGAGCGGGCAGAGCGACUCUCGCAGAACCAGCACAAGAGCCUGGCCUCUGAGGACACCAAAAAGAAGAGGGCUCAGAAACCGUCUCACAUGCGGAGGAACAUAAGAAAGCUGUUGCGUGAGGACCAACUGGAAGCCGUGACAAAAGCAGCCCAGCAGGAGGAGUUGGAGAGAAGGAAACGGCUAGAGCAGCAGCGGAAGGAUUAUCCAGCCACUAUCCCAACUGUACCCCUAGAGUUUCUUCCUGAGGACAUCGUUUUCAGAACAGCAGAGGCUACCCAGCUCCCCCCUCAGGUUCUGGCUGAGGAAGUGAUCUGCCUGGACAGUACCAGCAGUGGCAGUGAAGAUGAUGCUAAAGGAAAAAAUAGCAUUAAAGAUGAAGUGAUUGAGCUGAGUUCAGGAGAGGAUGAUGCCCUCCAAAUUGUGGACAGCAGUGACUCUGGCAAUGAAGGGGAGGAGGAUGGCAGUGAAGAGAGCAGUGGCUCUCAUGUGAAUGAUGACUUAAAUCAGUUGGAUGCUCUGGGGCAAGUCAUUGUCAACAUCAAUCAUCCACCAAACGAGGAGGACAUUUUCCUGGCUCCUCAGCUUGCACAUGCAGUAAAACCCCAUCAGAUUGGUGGGAUCCGAUUCCUCUAUGACAACUUGGUUGAGUCCUUGGAGAGAUUUAAAACCAGCAGUGGGUUUGGGUGUAUUUUAGCACAUAGCAUGGGCCUGGGCAAGACCAUACAAGUCAUCUCUUUCUUGGAUGUUCUUUUCCGGCACACGGAGGCAAAGACUGUUCUUGCCAUUGUACCUGUGAAUACGCUCCAAAACUGGCUAGCAGAGUUCAACAUGUGGCUCCCAGCACCUGAAAAUCUUCCUGCUGAUUAUAACUCCAAAGAGGUCCAACCCCGCACCUUCAAAGUCCACAUCCUGAAUGAUGAACACAAGACAACAGCUGCACGUGCAAAGGUGGUGAAUGACUGGGUGAUAGAGGGCGGUGUGCUGCUGAUGGGAUACGAGAUGUACCGUCUCCUCUCACUGAAGAAGUCCUUUGCCACUGGCAGGAAGAAGAAAACAAAGAAGCAAGCUGGCCCUGUUAUUAUUGACUUGGAUGAGGAAGACAGGCAGCAAGAGCUUCUGAAAGGGAUUGAGAAAGCUUUGUCUCGCCCGGGCCCAGAUGUGGUCAUUUGUGAUGAGGGACACCGGAUCAAGAACUGCCACGCCAGCACCUCGCAGGCCCUGAAGAACAUCCGCUCCCGCCGGCGGGUGGUGCUGACUGGCUACCCUCUCCAGAACAACCUCAUUGAGUAUUGGUGCAUGGUGGACUUUGUCCGACCUGACUUUCUAGGCUCCCGGCAGGAAUUCAGCAACAUGUUUGAGCGCCCCAUCCUGAACGGGCAGUGUAUUGACAGCACCCCUCAAGAUGUUCGCCUCAUGAGGUAUCGCAGUCAUGUCCUGCAUAGCCUGCUGGAAGGCUUUGUGCAGCGGCGAGGGCACAAUGUGCUGAAGGUUCAACUCCCAUCUAAGGAGGAACAUGUCAUUUUGGUACGGCUUUCAAAGAUCCAGCGGGCCCUCUAUACUGAGUUCAUGAACCGGUUCCGAGAUGCAGGCAACAGUGGCUGGCUGGGACUGAACCCACUCAAAGCUUUCUGUGUCUGUUGUAAGAUCUGGAACCAUCCAGAUGUGUUGUAUGAAGCUCUGCAAAAGGAGAAUCUGGCAAAUGAGCAGGAUUUGGAUGUGGAUGACCUUGGCACAGCAAGUACUAAUUCCCGCUGCCAGCCUCAGGGAAUUAAAGUCAAAACAGAGAGUAAUGCUUUGGCAUCACCAGUUGGAGAAGCUACCAAUAGCAAGUUUCUGCAGAGUGUUGGCUUCAACCCCUUUCAGGAGAGAGCAAAUCAGGUCGUUACUUAUGAGUGGGCCAAAGACAUCUUGUGUGAUUACCAGACGGGAGUCUUGGAGAACUCACCCAAGAUGGUGUUACUGUUCCACCUAAUUGAGGAAAGUGUGAAGCUUGGAGACAAGAUCUUGGUCUUCAGCCAGAGCUUGUCCACGUUAUCUGUCAUUGAAGAGUUUUUGGCAAAGAGACCAAUGCCAAGCCCUCCAGGCUCAGAUGGAGGAGUUCACAGCUGGGUCCGAAACAUCAGCUAUUACAGACUGGAUGGCAGCACCUCUGCCUCAGAAAGGGAACGACUGAUUAACCAGUUCAAUGACCCCAGCAACACCUCAGUUUGGCUCUUCCUUUUGUCCACACGUGCUGGCUGUUUGGGUGUCAACCUCAUUGGAGCCAACAGAGUGGUGGUGUUUGAUGCUUCUUGGAACCCGUGCCAUGACGCCCAGGCCGUGUGCCGUGUGUACCGCUACGGGCAGAAGAAGCCGUGCCACAUCUACAGACUGGUUUCUGAUUACACCCUUGAGAAGAAGAUCUAUGACCGUCAGAUCUCCAAGCAGGGCAUGUCGGAUCGGGUGGUGGAUGAUCUGAACCCAGUGCUGAACUUCACCCGACGGGAGGUGGAGAACCUGCUGCAUUUUGUGGAAGAGGAAUCUGACCCUGCUCAGCUCUCCCUCAAUCCAUGCAAGAUGAAGGAGUCUGUUUUACAAUUAGCCUGUCUCAAGUAUCCUCACCUCAUCACCAAGGAGCCUUUUCAGCAUGAAUCACUGCUGAUCGACCGGAAGGAGCACAAGCUGACCAAGGCAGAGAAGAAAGCAGCCAAGAAGAGCUAUGAGGAGGAAAAGCGAGCAUCCGUCCCCUACACCCGGCCGUCCUACGCACAGUAUUACCCAGCCAGUGACCAGAGUCUGACGAGCAUCCCUGCCUUCAGCCAGAGGAACUGGCGACCAGCUCUCAAGGGUGAGGACAAGCCGGUGGCGAGUGUCCGCCCAGUUCAAUCCACCCCCAUCCCCAUGAUGCCCCGGCACGUCCCCAUGGGCAGCGUGGGAUCAACCUCAAGUUCCAACACCACUGUCAACUUCCCCAUCAACUAUCUACAGCGAGCUGGUGUCUUUGUGCAGAAGAUUGUCACCACCACAGAUAUUGUGAUUCCGGGUACAAACACAUCCACUGAUGUACAGGCAAGAAUCAGUGCUGGAGAGAGCAUCCACAUCAUCCGAGGGACAAAAGGGACAUAUAUCCGGACCAGCGACGGGCGAAUCUUUGCUAUCCGGACCACUGGGAAGCCAAAGGGCAAUGAAGACCGUCAGACUGCUGCCUCAGGCUCCCAGAGCUCUUCACUGGAGUCCACAAGCAAUGGCAGACACAGUGCCUCAUCACCACAGCUCCCCAGCGCUGAGGAGCUCACUCGGCCCAUAUCCCCCGACAGCCCCGAGAUCAUCAGUGAGCUGCAGCAGUACGCGGAGGCAGCGGCUGCCCGCGAGUCCCGGCACGGCUCUCCCAGCACCAACGCAGCGCAAGGACCCUCCGCUCGCACGGACAACGCACCUGGCCUGGCAGCCCGAGGAGCUGAGCAGCGUGUGGGCGUUCACUGCGUGGCUCCCUCUGUGUCCUCAGCCCUGCCAGCCACCAGCCAGCACGUCGAUGCCCACUCGGUGUUGGACUUAAGGGGCAACAAGCGCAAGUCGACCUCGCCCUCGGCUCCGGAGGAGCAAGCCCGCAGGCAGCAGAAGAAGCGUCAGUUGCCAUCGUCCGUGCAGCCCUACGAACACGGGUACCCCGUCUCUGGUGGGUUCGCCAUGCCUCCUGUCUCUUUAAACCACAACCUAACCCAUCCAUUUGCCUCCCAACCAGGAAACUCCUUGUACAUGGGCACUGGCUCCUCUUAUUACCAGCUGCCCAAUUUACUCUCAGACCCUCAUCUGAUGUUCCCUGUGACUACUGACCCUCUGCUGACAGCCGGCACCGCCAGCUCUUCUGCUGCUACCUCAGCCACCGCCAGCGUCCCCUCAUUCAUGCUAAACCCUUCUCUGACAGGGGUGCUGCCCAAUUACUCGCUUCCCUUCACGCAGUCACUCCUGCCCGAGCCCAGGAUGUUUGCUCCUUUCCCAGCCCCCGUCUUGCCUAGCAGCCUUCCCAGGAGCAUGGCAUCUGCCUACCCUGGCUACAUGUCCCCUCACUCGGGUUACCCGGCCGGGGGCCUCCUUCGGUCCCAGGUGCCUCAGUUUGAACCCCAGGAGGUCCCAGAGGUGGGAUGCAGCUCUAAUGACGAGGACAAAGACGAUGAUGUUAUAGAGAUCACAGGGAAAUAAUGGGCCCAGCUCCUGCUCAGUGUCAGCUCUGCUAGGAGGCAAAAGUUUUGGGACCUUUUUGGGGGUCAGAAUUUCCCCUCUGGGCUAUGACGGUGGAGAAGGAUGCAAAGGGUGUGGUGUGGGGGUUGUUUUGUUCUUUUCAUUUUGUUUUAUUGUUUUUUAGCUGUCAAGGAUCUGAAUUGUAUUAGGGGCUGGGAGAUGGGAGGGGGAUAGAGUGGACCUAGAGGGAGGAGGGAAGCAGCAGUGCAAACCCUAGGAGUGCCUCCCCCUCCCUCCCACGCUCUGUCUGUCUGUCUGUCUCUGUUCUCUGUCUUGUCUGGAAGGGGGAGGCUUGAUGUUGCGAGUCACUGCUCUUCUCAGGCCUGGAGACAUGGGCUUGACCGCUGGCAGGGCCCAGCUCCCUCUCACAUGAACUGCCUUAUCUGUGAACUUCUCUCACUCCAGGAGGUGUGGGCCAGGGAGUGACUCCAACAGAGGUUGGGGAUGAAGCAUUUUUUCCAGGGAGGGACAGGGGGGCCUUCUAUGUCGUGUAUGUUGGGAUGGGGGGGAGGGGGAAUUGAUGUAAAAAAGAAAAAAAAAAAAGAAGAAAAAAAAAAGAAAAAAAGAAAAAAGAAACAAAACACCCACAAGCAAUUUGUCAUCCUCUUCAAAUUCACAUGAAACUAGUGUGAGGGCUCCAGGCAGGCUCCUGCCACAGCAAGGAGAGCAGGGCUCUGCUGGGCAGCUUCCACAGGCCCUUUUGGAAGGUCUCAUCCAAGGUAGGUUGGUCCCAUGUGCCAGAUGAGUGGAGCAUUCCCAGAUGUCUCGGUGGCUGUUGGAGGGGAAUCAGGGUGACUUCCCGAGCUCCACGGCCCUGCCAGGCUGUGUGAAAGCCACACCUCACCCUGCCGUGGCCCACCAGAUCCAGGGGUAGGUGGGCUUACUGCUGCUUCUCCGCUGCACCAGGCAGUGGAGAAGGUUGGGGGGGUACGCUGGACCCAGUGCCGCUUGCUGUUGAAUCUGAUUGGAGCAACUGCCCCCUGCAGAGAAUCUCGACGUUAAUUUAUUUCAUGAAGGCAUAAUAUUUAUUGUUUGGGGGACUCUUUCUUACUACUUUUAAAUUAAUUUCCAUAUUAAAAAAAAAUAAAAUGCUGGCCUCCAUCACACAGUGGUUGCUUGUUGGGUUGUCUGUGUGGGAAGGAGCAGCUGGUUGACCAAAGUGUAGCCUAGAAGCAGGUCCAGCUGUGGAGACUGUCUGGAUGUGCCCCAUCGGGGGAUCAUGCCAGAGCAGGGAGGAGCUGCUCUGGGUGUUCUGCAGCAGCUGGAGGGAGGAUGAAGUCCUCUUGUCAUGUUGGUGCAGGUGGAGGAGCUUGUGUGGGAGCCUCCUGUGCUCUUUCCCAGUGAUGAGGAGGUGCUGCAAGAUGUGUGGAGUUGCCAAGGCAGAGCUCCUGCCAGGGAAGCCUUUCUCCAGGCAGGGAGUGGUGCCCAGCCCUGCUCUGCCCCACGGGUGCAGAGGCUGCCCCAGCCCUGGCAGCAAACAUGCCACCUGCUUGCCAUGGUGCCAGGGCUCCUGAGGAGGGGCUGGUCUACCCACACGCAGCUGGCCUGGUGAGUGUGACUGGGUGUGUGUGAACGUGCCAGGAUGGAGGCUGGAAAUCCGGGAACCUUGUCACGUCUGGGUAUCAGCAGGCAGAUGUGCUUCGUCUGUGUGGGAUGUCUCUGGAGUGUGGCUGGGUCCUUGGAGCAGUGGUAGCUUGUAGGGGACCUACAGGGCCGUGGAAGCUGCAGUCACUGGUGUUUGCUGGGACCAACUGGAUGUAGGAAAGGGCAGGAUGUCCUGACAUCCUUCAUCAAAGGGGGUACUGGAAGAUGGGGACCUCCCUUCCUGGGAGAGAGAGAGAGAGAGAGGUGUGUGUGCACACGUGUGUUACAAAAACAUAAUAAAAAAUGUUAUGGGGCUUUCCUAGUGUCUUUCUCUGUUUAAUGGACAUUGUCUGUCAAACAUAACCACACCAUUCAUAGAAGCCUUAGAUCAACAGUUUAGCUAUGCAAAUUAUUUUAAUUAUUUUUUUUAAAAAACAAACAUUAAAAUAGUGCUUUCUUCUUUAACAUAUCCUAGGAGUUGAAAACCGAGGGGUUCUGAGCAAACUGCUGGACAACUUGUCUUUGGAUGCACCAUGGAAAUAAAAAUCAAACCCCCCCACAAAAGUAACAAAGCAAAUUAACUGAUGGUGUUCAUGCAAGUUUCUCCAAAGACUUGACAGUGCUGCGUCUGUGAGUCAUGCCCUCCUGUGCUCUGUAUGUCCACCUCAUGCACAACCGUGUGCCACUGAUUGUAUGACCAGCUUGCCCAGAUGUCUCUUGCAUCCCUGUGAGGCUGUCAGUUUUCCGGUGGAUUUGGGGAACGGACCUAGGCAAGGGCUUUCCUUGUCAAGAGUAGCAAGUGUUGAGACCUGUGGGGAUGUGGGAGAGGCUGGAGCAUGAGUAGACCCUCACCAGAGCCUUGAUCCUCACUGGUGGUGGUCAGGGUAGUGGAGCUCAUCUGAAAGGCCCUCCUGAGUCCUCUCUGAGUGGGGCUUUUUUUGUGGCUGUGUGUUGAGACAAAGCAUGGAGAUUCGUCUGGGGACGGUUGGCACCGUGGCUCUGGAUGUGGUACCCUUUGCCUUGCCAGGAGAGCAGGCCCUGGCAUGUCCCCAUGCUGCUGUCUGAAGUCCUCCUGAGGGUUCCUGGCAUAGCCCAAGCCCAGUGGCCAUAGAAGAUGGAGGCAUCGGGUGCUUGGCUGCCAGAGGGCACACACUUUGUGCUGGGAGCCAGCUGGAAACCUCCCUGUGUCAGGGUGAGAAGUGAGAGCUCUCCUGGCUCCUGUGUGGCUGUGGUGGCUUGGAGACCUCUGGCUGCCCCCCGGUGGUGGGGCUGUCCCUGGAUGCAAACAGCUGCGAGGAGCUUCCUCUCCCUGGCAAAUACCCAUGGAUGGGACAACCACAGCAUGGUGCCCUGAGCACAACCCCAGCCACCCUCACUGAGUGUGGUGUGGUGUGGUGUGGCACUGCUCCACCCCACACACUGCCCCCCUUAACAAGGGGCUGGGUCUGCUCUUCUGAGAAGUGGUUGCAGAGUUAGCUGUGAUGUCCUGACCAUGGGGCUCCCAUGGGGGCUGGCAGAGACUGGGGCUGCUCCAAGGAGACUGGAGGUACCUGUGGAAAGGACUUCCUUCACCCCACAGAACCUGUGUGGGUUAUCCAGGGGCUUUCAAAGUCGGGGGACCUCUCUGAACCCCCUCCCAUGGGUCUCCCUCUAACCCCUCAUCUUCCCUCCCCCCCCAGCCUUUUUUCCUCUUCAGCACAUGGCUCUUGUGCAGAGAAUCUGGUCUUGAUUUUCCUGAGCCUGGAACAGGGACUUUCACUGCACGGGUUAAAUUUUUCUUUUGCUGCUGGAUUUCUGUCUCCAAGUGACUGGACGGAAGCAGCUGCCAGUUCCCUGCAGGGCUGCGGGUGACAACAAGGAGAACAGUGCAGGACUCUCUGCUGAGGAUUUUUGGACACUAAAGUGGAUUUUUUGAGCACUAAAAUGGAAUUUUGAGCACAGCUGAGAUGCUGGGGCAGAGCCACAUGGGCCUCAGGUGAGCCAGCUGCCUCCUACAUCAGCACCCAGCCCUCAGCCCUUCCCUUACCUGAGCGUCUCCUGCUCCUGGGGACAGUGGGGGUACUGCUGUGGGACAUGGUGGCACGGGGAGAGCUGAGGCUGCUGUGUGCCUUGGUCUCUGGUCUUGUUGCUUGCCUACCCAUGUGGCUUUUGAGGCCAGGUGGGGGCAACACAGCCCAGCCUGGCCCAUGGAGGAUCUGUUCCACUUUUGCCCCCAGAGUGCCUGGGAGGUUGGCGGCUUGGCUGUAGUUACUCACAGAAAGCAAAUAUUCAGGCAAGCAAAGGACGGGAUUUCCAUGGGGCUUCACCAGGAAUUAUGUAUCUUUUGGCUAAAUGAUGUCAGCAAAUGGUGGAAUACAAGAGAAUUGCUCUUGGUUUGUGGAUGGCCAGAAGGAACAAGUACAGCAAAUACUUUCACAGCUGGUGUUUCUCAUCACUCUGGGAUGAAUUUUGUUAAUCCAGUCUUGGAAGGACCAAGGGGGGAGGGCUGGGGUGGGGGGCAGAGGCUGAAAGGGGAACAUAGUCCAGCUAGAUGACAGUGAGGGUGAUGGCUCCUUGCAGCUGGAGUAGAGCAAGUGCUCCCUUUGAAGGGCUGAUGGUGCAAGCUCGGGUGAGCAGCCUCUGCCACCUCCCAGACCACCACCACCACUGCUGCUGCCUGGCUCCCACUGUGGUGGCACCCGGCUUGGAGCUGGAGUCUUUGGCAGAUGCAGGGGAGCCUGAAGGAAUCCAUCGCUGAGUCUCAUUUUGGGCUUUCUGUUGUCUUGGGGUGCUUUUCUGUUUUAUUACUGCCUUAGUUUGUGGCCUGUCUUUUUGUGGUUGGAAAGAGGAGUCUUGCUAGCAGGGUGGGUCGGUUGGUUGGCCCCACGCAUGAUCAUGUGCUUCCCUCUUCUCUCUGUCGAAUGGGAUGUGCUUGUCUGGUCUCCCAGAACAGAGACUUUGAACAAUUUGUUGUUUAUAUGAUGUAUUUAUUUUUACUUGUGUUUCAUGUCAUUUUUUAAAAAAAAUAAUAAAUUGUAAGUUGGUAUAA